CCGACGUCCACAGACCUCUGCAGCGCAGAAGAAGAGAACACAAGAUCCACAAGAUCACCACAGAGGAAGAAUCCAUCCUCCACCUUAGCAGAAGAACAUCACCUAAUUUGCUGGUACUUCAAUCAAACCAUAAACACCCAAAAUGGCAGCAGUCAGACAACGAAUCACAGCAAUUCAAAUCUCUGUCAGUCCAGAGGAAGAAACCCAGCUCGAACAACAAGGUUGGAUCAGAGUUCCUGGUGACCUCAACAGUGGUACGCGCGGGCCUCAAGUGGGCCUGUGGUACAGGACGGAUGGUGACAAACGUGUUACCAGAAUCCAGUUUUCAUUCCUCCACCAGAUCGCUAAUAAGCUUCACGGUGCCGGCUUCACUAAAGUCGAUAAGAACAUAAAUGAAAAUACUGCAGGUGAUGACAUCUACCUGUGGUUUAAGUGUGAAAAUUCUGGGAACCCCAUCAUAGACCUGAAGGUCACCACCAACUUGGAGGAUGAGGUGAAGCAGUUCCAGUCCGGCUGGGAGUGUCUGAGCUGUGACCUGAACCUGAACAAUGGUGGGAAUCCACAUGUUCGUAUGUGGGUACGGAGAAAUGAAGCCACCUACAUGCAGAAUGUGGAUGCUUCAGUCAACUUCUCUCCUGUGCUGUUUGACAAGGGAUACAUCCAUGUGGAUGAAAACACCAAUCGAGGAACCACACCUCCAGGUUCUGCAGUGUUUAUCUGGUACAACUCAUCAACUUCUUCAGGCAGUGGGGUCAGUCAGUUAGAUGUUUCUCUCAAUGAAAGUGAUGAGGCCAGGCUAAGAAAGGAACAGUUCAUAAAGGUCAAUAAAAACCUGAAUGAUGGUACCAUUGGGGCCCCUGUGUAUCUGUGGUACAAGAAAGGUGAAUCUAGAGUCAUACAGUUCUUUGUGCUCCUGGUUGGAGAUGAAGCUCUGAAGUAUUAUCAACAAAGUGGGUUCCAUGUUGUGGCCAAAAACCUGAAUAAUGGCAAUGAUGGAACUCCUGUUUACAUUGCAUAUAAGUAACACCCACAUCUCUGUCUGCUUCAC